AGAAAGUUGAUGGCACAGGGUUUGUGAAAGGGUACCGUGGCAAAAUAUAAGCUAAGAACGUUUGGCAAAUCCAAUAAUUAAUUAUUGUUAUCCAUUUACACUCACACUACUGCUUCUGCAAUGGAGGGAGCAUUACUUCAACUCUCUUCUUCACCUUCAACUUCAUCUUCCAAACUCAACCACCGUUUUUGUCUUCCCUCUUCCCUACUAAACCACCACUCUUACUUUCUCCUCAAACCCAAAAUUAACACCUCUACUUCAUCUCCUUUCUCUCUCAAAUGCUCUCUCCGUGGUUCCACUCCAGCACUCGACAAAGUUGAAGCUUCUGUUAUAGGAAUAACCGAUAACUCUUCAUCUUCUUUUCCUAAAGUCGAUAAAGCCGGUCGGUUUUGCAGUCCUAGAGCCGCUAGAGAACUUGCUCUGUCUAUAAUUUAUGCGUCGUGCUUGGAGGGAUUGGAUCCGAUUCGGCUAUUUGAAAAACGGAUGAAUGAGCGCCGAGAGGCUGGCUAUGAAUUUGACAAUAACAAAUUGUUGGAGUAUAAUCACAUGAGUUUCGGAGGGCCACCUGUUGUUGUUCAAACGAAUGAAGAAGCAAAUGAACUUCUAAAGAACAUUCAACUCGAGUCUGCAAUUGAAGAAGAAGUACUUGCAGCUCCCCCAAAGCUGGUAUAUAGUAGACUGAUUUUGAGGUUUACUAGGAAACUAUUGGUUGCGGUUAGGGAUAGAUGGGACAGUCAUGUCCCUGCUAUUAACAAAGUCAUCCCACCAAGUUGGCAGAAUGAACCAGGGGGGAAGAUAUUAGAGCUUUCUAUUCUUCACCUCGCAAUGUCUGAAAUAACUAUGUUAGACACCAGACACCAAAUCGUCAUUAAUGAGGCGGUGGAUCUCGCUAAACGGUUCUGUGAUGGAGCAGCCCCUCGUAUAAUUAAUGGCUGUCUACGCUCAUUUUACCGAGAUCUGGAGCUUGAGGCAUCAAAUAAGAGGGUUUAGUUGAUCUCGAUGUACAUUAUUUGUAUGCUUAUUAGUAUUGCUUUAGAUUGUUGAAAAUAUUGAUGUGGAUUUGAGGAAACAGAUGAGUUAGAGACAUGUUGCUAUAGGUUGGUGUGAAUGGCAAGAUCUUAAAUAGGAGUUAUGUUUUAAAGUGGAUGCUGAAAUGUAGACGAUUUUCUACAAGUUUAUGGGUAUAUGAGAUUUUUUUUUUCUACA